UUUGAAUUUAAGAUCGGAAUAAGUGUGGCUAAUGCCAUAGUCAUUGCCCAACAAAUUUGGUCAUAGUUAGGUGGGAGGUUAUACAAAGUUGGCGGGAUCUCGUCACUCAGGAACACAUCGGGGGAGCUAUUCAACAGCUCGUCGCGGCGACAGGACCUGUUCUGUAUACAAUUGAUUCGAGUAUCAUGAAAUACAUGGCAAGGAUCCACGACAAAGUUGCGUAUGCAACUUUCUAUUGCACUCGUCUUGCAGAGGAGUGCGUCGAAGAUCCAUAUUUCGAUGCAGUCCGGCUCCUCAUCUAUCAAAUUCUGCACCGUCCAUCAACAUGCACCCGCCUCGGAAUCCCGCUAUUGGUAUUUGUUGUCCCGCAUGUAUCAGAGACUCGGCGCGAUGUGUUUCGCUCCGAGGGGGCUAAGGUGAUUGAGAUAGACUAUGUGCGGUGGACGAACGAUUGGAUCCAUCCUAGACACGAGCGCUGGAUCGACCAGUUCUGCAAGUUACGGAUCUUUGAACAAGUGUCUUACGAUCGGAUCCUGUACCUCGACGCAGAUAUGCUUCUUAUCAAAUCCCUUGAUGGCAUCUGGAGCGAACCUGUUUCGAAUCAAAGGUGUAAGACACGCCCGAGCGAAGGUCAAGAAGGUCUUACGAGCCUCUCUGGGGAGACACGGCUACCGGACACCUACUUGUUUGUUGGGGUAACUGAUGCGGAUGGAGGUAAACAACCAGAUCUGCCAAAAUCCAUGGCCGCGGAGGCAAUAAACGGUGGAUUUUGGCUUGCAUCGCCAUCCCUAGAACUAUUUGACUUCUACAUCUCUCUGCUGUCGGUCCCAGAGAGCUUUGAUAGCGGAUAUAUGGAGCAGGGGAUCUUCAGGCAUGCUCACAGGAGAAAUGGACCAAUGCCCUGGAGAAAUUUCGAACCGCGCAAGUGGAAUGCGAUUUGGACAACAGUGGCUGAUCUCAAGCAUGGGACGGCAACCUUACACGACAAGUUCUGGAUUACAGACGAACCAUGGGUGGAGCCAGAACUAGUCAAUCUUUGGAAUGAGGCUAUGAACGAAAUGCUGGAGUUCCAUGAUCAUUCAAAAUUAGGGUUGCCUUGUUCUGUUCCACUGGAAAGCGAAUUCAAGAAUGGCUUUCUGGUGGAAGCUCGAAGUCUCCCUGAAAGCACGAGUCUUGAAUGUGCAUGAGGUUAGCGCUUUUUGUAUUUGGCUGGGAAAUUUGACACGAUCGCAAGCAUUUCAAGCCCCUAAAAAGGCCAGCAUUUUCAGAGACAAAGACUAGAACAAUUGCAUCAACCUCAUAGAGCUGCAAUAAAACAUGAGUGCGGUCACAUGGUCC